AUGGCUGUUUCCGCAAAAUGCAGCGAAGUUAUCAGCGAGAAGACAGCCACUCCUUUCCCAAUGUUUCCACAGUUCGGCCAGGAUCUUGACUCGGAGACCACUGAGAAAGUCGCCGAAUGGUUCAGCAAUCUCGUUGGCAAGAGCCACACAGGCCAACUCUGCGAUGCCCUCAGGGAGGGAGAGGUACCAGGCAACGUCAACUCCGUCCAGGAGCCUUUUAAACGCGUUAGAGUACCGGGUUCCGCAGCGCCGGUAGCCAGAGGGCCAAUACCGGAUGUUCAGGGACAGAGCACAACAUCGAACGCGCCGGAUUCCGAAGCCAACGAUCUUUUCAGUUACCUAGGGUUCCCCUUAGACCCGCGCUGCAUGAGUGACAGGAACAAAUGGUGGUAUCGCACUUACGACGGAUCUUGCAACUGGAUCAAGGCAAAUGAGAUCAACGAGGGCCAGACAGGCACGGGAAAGUCACGCGAUCAUAACCAACACGCCUAUGCGGACGGCAUCUCCAAGCCCCGAGACGGCCCCAACCCGCGCGCCGUCAGCAACGCCUUCUUCAAGAGACACAAGACGCUAUACUAUGAGCACACGCCAUUUCUGCUGGGCCUCGUCGAGUUCAUCAUUCACGACGUCACAUGGAGCCAGGACUCGACGACCGAGUUCAUCGACGUGCCCAUGCCGCCAGACGAGACCGAGUUCCCCCUUAACACGACACUUCGUGUCUGGAGGGCUGCGGCCGUGCCCGGAACCGGAACAUCGAAGGAGAACCCUCGCGAGAACCUCAACAUGGCAACGGCCUGGAUGGACGUGUCGGUGCUGUACGGUAGCACAGAAGAGGUGGCCAAACGCUUGCGUUCGUUCAAGGGCGGCAAGCUGCUGGAACAGAUGCUCACCACACGCGGGGCGAAGGUUCCCCGGGCCUACCUUCCGUUCAACACAAUGGGAGUCCCGACUCGGACACGUCCAGGGGUAGACCCUACCAAGCUCUUUGCAGGAGGCGAUCCGCGCACAAACGAGGACUGGAUCAUGUUGGCGGUGCACACCCUGUUCCUGCGGGAGCACAACCGGCUGUGCGACAUCCUGGCGGGGCAACAUCCCGAGUACGACGACGAACGGCUCUAUCAGACAGUUCGGCUGAUCGUAUCUGCAAAGUUCCAGCUCAUCGGCAACGUCUACCAGAUGGCCUACUGGGCGGACGACAUGCCGUGGCCUACCGACGACGGGUUCCCGCUCUUCCGGGCGAUCCACGGCGAGGGCUUCCUCGACAUUAACCCGGCCAACACGUACCCGUGGCCGCUGGUGACUAAGAACGGGAAGCCGACGACCAUCUCGGCCGAGAUGGCCGUCGUGUACCGGUUCCACGACUUCAUCAUCCCCGAUUUCCCCAUCAAGGACGCCCAGAACGAGACGCUGUGGGACCAGAACCUGUUUGCUACCGGCUUCAACGCCCAGGGCUUCAUCGAUGCCGGCCUGGAGAACAUCCUCCGCGGCAUCUUGGCCACCUCAAUCCCCAACUUUCACAGCGGCGUCGACGACGGGUUCCGCACUGCGGGCAAGUACAGGGGCGUGCCGUUCGAUCUCGCCACAUGGAGUAUCGUGCACGAGAGAGAACAAGGCCUCCCCACAUUCAACAAAUAUUUCGAGGCAUACAAUGCGCAAGGCAAGCAAUCUCCGACCCUAAACACGGUACCUCCCCUACUAAUCACACAUCCAGGCACCAACGUCACCGUCCCGAUCCGCAAGCGCUUCGAAGACUUCUCCUCCGACCCGACCACGGUGGCCUCCCUGUCGCGCCUCUACGCCACCCCCGACGACGUCGACCUCGUAGUCGGCGUGCAGCUCGACGAAGAGCGGUUCCCGGGCACGACGAUCCCUAAGUCGGCCGCCAUAAUCAGCCUCUUCAGCCUCUUCGGCACGGGCAACUCGGACCGCUUCAGCGUCGGCUUCGCCAUGAUGCGCUGCUGGCUCGUCGACAAGCCCUGGGACUGCCGGCCCUCCAACGCCCUCGAGGACCUCCUCUGGAAGCCCCUGCUGCCGCCCACCACCACCACCACCACCACCACCACCACGACGGCGGGCCCCGACCUCCCGAACCUGCGAUUCUACGACCCUUUCUGGCUCAGGGAGAUCGACGUCCAGGCCCACGGUGCGAACUUGCUCUGGCGCCUCAUCACCGAAAACACGGACAUCGACUGCCUGCAGCGCCGCCCGCUGUUCCCCGCCGACCCCGACAAAAACCCCGUCGUUUGCUCGCUGGAUGAGGGGGGAGGUGGGGAUGGCCUGGUGGUUGGCGGUGGCGGGCGGGGGGGCGGGUGGUGGUACGGAUGA